CUCAAAUGAUCCGUGUGCACGUCAAAAUGUGACACCACAUAUGAGCUCAAUCGUGAUAUAAAAUAGCUGAAAAUCUUUUAAUAUUGUUUCACCCUCUUUUCUUUCUUCAUGACUAGACUCCGGCGACUACCAUUUCCCCUUGCGUAUAUUUUGGGGUAUCGUAAACCGAAUCACAAGAGCAAAAUUAUUCCACAAUGGAGAGCUAAUCUCUGGUCGUUUAUAGCGUCCUGGUUGGGGAUUGCCUUGUUGGAGAUUAUAUUCACCUAUUCUGAAUCAUUUCAGUCACACGAUACACCUAUGAUUGUUGCUUCAUUCGUAAGUUCAGUAUACAUUCAGAAAAAUAACUUUGUUGCCGUAAUGUAUUAAAAUGGUAAACGUAAUGCAGGGUGCAACAGCUGUUUUAAUUUAUGGUGUCAUCGAAUCCCCUUUAGCACAACCUCGCAACGUUAUCUGUGGUCACUUGAUUGGAUCUUUAGUAGGAGUAAUUAUUGCACAACUUUUUUUAAACAUCCAACAUGAUUGGGUUUCGGAAUCCCAAAGAAUUGCUGUUCAAUGGGUAGGCGGUGCUACUGCUAUGGCUCUCGCUUUGACCCUGAUGCAAAUCACCAAGACAGUUCAUCCUCCGGCAGGCGCCACGGCUUUAAUCGCCGUUGUGACACCCAAUAUUCUCGAGAUUUCUUGGUUCUAUAUCGGUGUCGUCGUACUGUCAGCUGUCAUGCAAGUCACAGUGGCCUGUUUAAUUAAUAAUAUUGAACGACGUUACCCUCAAUAUUGGUGGACUCCACACAAGCCAAUACAAAUAGACCCUUCAACUAUAAACACAAUUAUGCCUCAUUCGGAUGAAAAGGGCCCAGAAGAUGUUGUUGCUGAUGACUUGACUGCUGCUGAAGAAGGCAGUAUAACAUCCUGUACAUUGGUAGAAGAGGCUAUUGCUACUUUAAGGCAACAAGCGGAAAGCUCAAAGAUACCAUUCACCUUACUUAUACCAGGGUCUCCUCUGAUUAUGACACCAGGCUUAUUCCGUUCAGAAGAAACUAUAGAUCUACUGAAUAAAAUCAGCAAUUCCUCGCAGAGCAAUGGUGUCCAACAAUAAGGUUUAACGUUCCCAGUUUACAGAAUGUGAAUGGCGCGCGGUGUAUCGGUUUUUUUUUUUUUUUUUUUUUUUUUUUUUUUUAUAUACAUGUUUAUUUUCACAAGAAGUGGCACAUUGGGAGACUUUUAAAGUCCCGGUUUGGUUAAGGAAAUAUUGUAAAAAUACCGAGAGAAUGGAGAAAAACAGCAAUGUAAUGCAUAAGCAUAACUCAAGCG